AGUUCUAUCAAUACUACUUCAAUGACUAUCACUCAUUACCCAAAAAACCAAUCAAGUAAUGGAGGAGAAGAAGAAGAACUAAGCCAUGAAUGCAAGGAACUUCUUCUUUCUCUUCCCAAAGAAAAAGGGUGGAGAACCCCUCAUCUCUACAAGUACCAAGAGUUUUGGUGCCAAGCAAUUGAAAUCCAAUCCAUAGUCUCAUUCCAAAGGCACUUCCAAGCAAGUGACAAUGAUGUUGUAUUAGCCACCAUUCCAAAAUCAGGCACCACAUGGUUAAAAGCUUUGGCUUUUGCUAUUGUGAAUCGUAAGCGUUUUGCUUUGGAAAAUAAUCAUCCUUUGCUUACUUCAAACCCUCACGAUCUUGUACCUUUCUUUGAGUACAAGCUCUAUGCCAACCGUCAACUUCCUGAUCUCCCCAACCUUCCACACCCUAGACUUUUUGGCACCCAUCUUCCAUUUCCUUCCUUGCCUACUUCAAUCAAGAAGUCUGGUUGCCGGGUUGUUUAUAUUUGUCGAAACCCUUUUGACACUUUCAUCUCCUCAUGGCAUUUUCUUAACAAAGUUGAUCCUGGAUCUAAAGCUCCAAUGUCACUAGAUGAAGCCUUUGAAAUGUAUUGUAAGGGCGUAAUUGGAUUUGGUCCCUUUUGGGACCAUAUGUUGGGGUACUGGAAGGAGAGCAUAGAGAGACCUCACAAGGUAUUGUUCUUGAAGUAUGAGGACCUCAAAGAAGAUGUCACUUUUCACUUGAAAAAGCUAGCAGAGUUUCUGGGGUUCCCAUUUUCUUUGGAGGAGGAGAGAGCUGGUGAUGUUGAAAAGAUAGCCAAACUUUGUAGUUUUGAGAAUAUGAAGGAGUUGGAGGUAAACAAGGCUGGCAAGUCUAUUAAGUACUUUGAAAACAAAACCUUGUUUAGGAAGGGUGUGGUUGGUGACUGGGUUAACUAUCUGACACCAAGAAUGGUGGAGCAAUUGACCAAGGUUGUGGAGGAAAAGUUAGGUGGUUCUGGUUUGUCAUUUAAAGUGUUCACUUAGGAUAUAGAAUAAAGUCCUCUGUUCCAUUAUUAGUGUUCUACUUCAUAUAUAUGCUCCACUGAUUAUAGUUUGCUACACAUUUUUCUUUUUCUUUUUUUUAAAAAAUAACUAAAGUUUUGCAUACUACAAUUAAUGGAGUAUAAAGUAGAAUAUUAAGAUUGAGACAGGAUUUUCAUUCUAGCAUAAGCAAUAUGAGUGUUGUUGGCAUUGUUUUGUGUACUACUUCUCCGUUACCAUGUAGGUACAAAGGUGGAGAUCUUGUUCAAGUAAAUUCACAUGUUAAAUUAAUGUGCCGCAAUUCAAAUAACUUGGUUUCUUAAUGUUGUAAGGUAUUUCUCUUUUGUGCAAGUUAUUAUUAAUGAAAUUUUAGU